AUGAGUGCGUCUAAUUCUAAAAAAUACAAAUCUUUGACGAUUUCGGAAAAAAAACAAUUAAUUGAAGCGGUUGAAAGAGGUGACAAAAAAACCGAAGUGGCUAAGACAUUUGACAUUCCUUUAAGUACACUGUCUACGAUUUUGAAGGACAAAAAUAAAAUCAUCACUGCGUCAUCAAGCGGUGGUCGGAAACGAAACAGUAAAGGUGAGCAUCCAAGAUUAGAAGAGUGUUUAGUACAAUGGGUUAGGCAAUGCAGAGGGCAAAAUGUGCCUGUAAGUGGCCUCUUACUCAAAGAAAAAGCAAAAUCAUUCGCCAAAGAGUUGGGCAUCCCGUUUUUCUCAGCUAGUGAUGGAUGGUUAACGAAUUUUAAGAAAAGAAACGGUAUUGUUUUCAAAAAAAUUUGUGGAGAAAGUUCUAGUGUUGACGAUAACGUGUGUUCAGAGUGGCAUCGUAAACUUUCAACUUUGUUAAAAAAUUACGAGCCACGAAACGUGUUCAACACAGAUGAAACCGCUCUAUUUUUUAAAUGUUUACCAGAUAAAACUUUCACUUUUAAAGAAGAAAAAUGCCACGGCGGGAAACAUAGUAAAGACAGGUUAACGAUUUUAUUAGCAGUAAACAUGGACGGCUCCGAAAAGUUAACUCCACUCCUCAUAGGAAAAGCUGCCAAACCUAGGUGUUUUAAGGGCAUACGUUCAUUUCCUAUAACUUAUCGUGCAAAUAAAAAGGCAUGGAUGACGACAGAAUUAUUUAAUGAAUGGUUGUUUUCACUCAAUGAAGAUAUGAAAAAACAGGAACGAAAAAUUCUACUGUUUUUAGACAACUGUACAGUUCAUAAUAACCCCCCAACUUUAACUAAUAUAGAACUUCAAUUUUUUCCUCCUAACACCACAUCAAAGUUGCAACCACUCGACCAAGGUAUAAUUAAGAAUUUUAAAACUUUUUACCGUCAAGAAGUUGUAAAGAAUGUUUUGGAAUGCAUUGAAAGUGAACAAACGCCAAACAUUAGUGUAUUGACUGCUAUGAUAUUUGUUGAUAAGGCAUGGAAAAAAGUGGCUCCUUCUACGAUACUCAAGUGUUUUAAAAAAUCGGGAUUUACCAUAGAAAUUCAAGAAACAGAAAACGACCAGUUGAAUAUUGAAUCGAUACAAUGGAAUUCCCUGCCAACUCAAGAAAAUGUAUCUUUCACUGAUUAUGUCAAUGUAGAUGAAGAUGUUGCUGUAUGGGGAGUCCUCUCUGACGCCGACAUUUUGGAAAAUACAUUAAGCAUUGACGAAGACAAUGAAGAUGACACAAGUCCUCUACCUCUUGUGACUUUAAAAGAAGCCAGUUCAGCAUUGGAAAAAUUACGAAAUUUUUCGCUCCAGUCAGAAGUCAAUGUUGAGGUUUUUGAUGCUUUAUUUACUAUAGAAAAUACUAUUGAAAAAAUUAAGCUAAAUUCAAUGAAGCAGAAAACCAUAACAGAUUUCUUUAAAAAAUAA